UUCCGUUUCCUCUUUCUUGACGUCAAAUUUUUUUCCACUCGUCCUUCCUCCCGUUGAGCUGGUCGUUCUCCGUGGAUUGCUACACCUGUCUUCCGUUUCUUGCUUUAUCUCUCCACAAAAAAGACCACCAUGGAUGAUUUUGACAUGUUGAACGCACCUGCCGCUGGAAACGGUGUCGGCUCAGAGGAGGAUCCCGCGGCAGCUUUUUUGGCCCAGCAGGAGAGCGAAAUCGCUGGGAUUGAGAACGACGAGGGCUUCAGCAUCCUGGACAGUGGAGAGGUGCCCUCGUCGCUGGCAGACGAUGGCACUGUCAAUGGAGAGCUCCAUGGGGAAAGCAACGGCCCAUCAGAUGCCUAUGCAGCAAUUUCCAAUGCUGAUCGACUGCAGGCCGAACCUGAAAGUCUGCGCAAAUGGAGAGAGGAACAAGGCGAGAGGCUGGAAGUGCUGGAUGCUAACUCCCGCAAACAGGAGUCUGAAUGGAAAGAGAAGGCGAAAGUGGAGCUGGAGGAAUGGCAUGCCAGGCAGAACGAGCAGCUGGAGAAAACAAAAUCCAACAACAGGUUUGCUCUGGCAGCUGCUUUCAUCACCAAAGCCAAGGCGGCUGAGGAAGCCAUGAUUUCAGAUCUGGACGAGAACAACCCGGGCACAGAGUGGGAGCGAGUGGCUCGGCUCUGCGACUUCAACCCCAAGUCCAGCAAGCAGGCCAAAGAUGUGUCCCGCAUGCGCUCCGUCCUCAUCUCCCUGAAGCAGUCCCCGCUGGUCCGCUAGGCACCACAUGCUGCUCGGAGCAUCAUUCCAUAUCAUUAUUUCUCCACCACACACCAGCCCAACGACAGAUGUCACACCAUUUGUAUUCUGAGGACUAGAGGGCUCUCCUCCCUUCUCUUCAUGUCUUUUUUACCAGGAAUGGCCCUCCUUUCCCCCCCAGUGGAAGGACACAGCCAGAGGUCCUUCUCCCAUCUGUGUCCUCCCAGCAGGGCUGUAGAGAUUAGCCUUGAUUUACCUCUUCACCAUUUCAAUCCACUAAAAAGACCAGUUAGAUUUGGACCAGGUCACAUGGUCUGUUGUCCGGUGUAAUACUGUAAGGGUGGUGAGUUGGGACACUAAAAGGGAAGAGUUGGAGUUUGUUUGGUUCCACAGCUACACUACAUCCUGCCCCCUCCCUUAAGCUCCCAGAAAAUAUCAUUCCUGUAAUGCUGUGCUGUAACUCUUAACCUCUCAGUCUUAUACAUCAUACAUAAACCGUUUAGGGUUGGAAUACUUGGUGGUUUUAUUGGCUUUUGACCUCCCAACAUACUCCCUCAUGUGUUGUCCUAAAGAAAAAUAUCAGCAGUUUAUUUUUUUGUUUGUUUUUUUUUUUUCUAAGGACCAAACUCUUAAGACAAACUCCAAAUUCAGUGUGUGUACUUUGAACUGUGUGUGUAGUGCCUGCUUGUGGCAUAUCGUGUUAUAUUUUUCAAUCUAUGCAUUGUCUUUUGAAAGCCUCUUCCUCUCCAGUCAGAAUUGAACAAAGUCCAGUCAUUACAAUAUUUGUUUGUGUUAAGACCUCAAUGGUGUGUGUAUGUACUUUAUACGUGUACCUAUGUACAUAUACAGAAGACAAUAUAUAUACAGUAUAUAAAAUGGUGUUGUCACUGAAAUUAGACAGUUGUGGUUUCAAAGAGAACUAGAUUCUAGCCAGCUGAUGCUUGACCAUGUGUGUUCAUUGUCCAUUUGAUUUCAAUAGCAGUAAAAACUAAAUGAGA